AAGGAAAACGGUGAAAAGUCAAAAGAGAGAGCUGAGAGAAAGAAGUAGGUCCACAACAAAAUAGCUUAAAAAUCGUUUACUGUGUUUUCUGAAGUGGUAUUGGUUUUUUAAACUUUGUGUUCUUUUUCGUUAGUUAGUAUAACAGCGACCAAUAGGACGUGUCCAGAGGCUGGCAGCAUGGCCGGGCAGCACUACUGCCUUCGCUGGAACAACUAUCAGUCCAACAUGACGUCUGUGUUCCACCAGCUGCUGCGCAACGAAGCCUUCGUCGAUGUCACGCUGGCGUGCAACGACUCCUCCCUGAAGGCACACAAGGUUGUUCUGUCAGCAUGCUCGUCAUACUUCCAGAAGUUGUUGCUGGAGAACCCAUGCAAACAUCCGACGAUCAUCAUGCCGCAGGACGUGUGUUUCAGCGACCUCAAAUUUAUAAUUGAAUUUGUGUACAGAGGUGAAAUAGAUGUCUCGCAGGCAGAACUGCAGUCGCUGCUGAAGACGGCGGACCAGCUGAAGAUCAAGGGCCUGUGCGAGGUGCCGGAGGGCAAGGACGGGGCAAACUACUCGACCGCGGAGGUGACCCCGCUGCCCAUCCUGUCGCGACGCUCGUUCACCAAGCUGCGGCGGCUGUCCAGCGCCAAGCGGCAGCGCGGGCCGGAGAUCCUGCGCCGCACCCUCUUCAAGGACUGCGAGCACGAGCACCACCAGCCCCCGCCGAUGCCGCCCGUGGCUGCCGCGCAGCCCCAGCCCCAGCCCCCUUACCUGGGCAUGACGAUGGACGUCAGUGUCCCGGAGCUGUCGAUCCGCCCCACCGUCGCGGACUGCAGAGUGCCCGAGUGCGUCACCGUGGCGACCUCCACGGAGGACGACCAGAUGGAGAUGCCCAUUGUGGUGCUGGAGACACGCCCUCCGCCCUCCUUGCAGUUGGGAAACGCCAAUGGCUCGACCCCUGUCAUGGGCCACCACGCAGGCAUGUCUCAGUCCCCGCACAUUGUCAUGGAGGGCACCAACCACAGCUCCAGCAAUGCCACGGACGUAGACAUACCUCCGGAAGCACAGCCUCCGGCGCCGUCCGCCACGCUCGUCGAGAACCUGGACAUCCACGAGUGCUCGGACCACGACCGGCGCGACCUCACAGUGAACCACAUCACCCGGUCUCACUUGGCCAACCACGAGUAUCAUGCUGACUGCUUUCAAGAGCAUGAUGUCAUACAGCUGACCUCAGAUGCAGAUGGCUCCAGUGUUUCCCAGAGGGACAGUGAAGAUGUCAAGGUCAAAUUCGAGACGUUGCGAGCCAUGGAACAGGCGGAAACUAUUGACAUUGAUAGCCACAUGUCGGACAGAAAUGUUGGGGAGGAUGAACACACCAUGCACACCAUGAUGAUAACUCCAGAACUGUUGGGGCUCAUCCCAUCUUCGUCUGGACAGUCCGGUGCGCACUCACCCUCUCUGUCAUCAGAUGGCAGCAGCGACGCAGGCAAGGGCUCCAGCGGCCUGGGACCCAAGACGUGGACCCAGGAAGACAUGGAGCUGGCGCUCGAUGCCCUACGCAACCACAACAUGAGUCUGACGAAGGCCUCCGCCACGUACGGCAUCCCUUCGACCACGCUGUGGCAGCGCGCCCACCGCAUGGGUAUCGACACGCCCAAGAAGGAAGGUCCGACCAAGUCCUGGACGGAGGAGAACCUGAACAGUGCCCUGGAGGCUCUGCGGACAGGCACGAUAUCCGCCAACAAGGCCAGCAAGGCUUACGGCAUUCCAAGCAGUACACUGUACAAGAUAGCGCGCCGAGAGGGGAUUCGUCUGGCGGCACCCUUCAACGCAGCUCCCACGACGUGGACUCCGGACGACCUGGAGCGCGCCCUAGAAGCCAUCCGCACGGGCCAGACCUCGGUGCAGCGAGCGUCCACGGAGUUCGGCAUCCCCACGGGCACGCUGUACGGGCGCUGCAAGCGCGAGGGCAUCGAGCUGUCGCGCAGCAACCCCACGCCCUGGUCGGAGGACGCGAUGGGGGAGGCGCUGGAGGCGGUGCGAGUCGGCCAGAUGAGCAUCAACCAGGCGGCCAUCCACUACAACCUGCCGUACUCGUCGCUGUACGGGCGCUUCAAGCGCGGCAAGUACGAGGCCGAGGGCCACCAGCAGGGGGACGAGACGAGCCAGUCCCCGCCGUCGGCCGCGCCCCAGGUCAUGAUCGUGCCGUAUCCCCAGCAGCACAUCGCGCCGCCCCCCCAGCCCCCCCAGCUGCCGCUGUAUCAGCAGCACGUGCCCCACAGCGCCAGUUGAGAGUUCCACUGCUAGACGCUCGCCACUCUUAGUACAAACACCCUGCUGUCCGUCUGCCCUUCUUUGUGGAUGUGUCUGUUCUGUUCUCUUUUUUCCCCUUGGUUCUCGCUAUCUCCGGUACUCUUACACUCAAAUUAAGUAUGGCCUUUUAUUUGUUCGACAUGACUUGGUGUUCCAAUUGACCACAUUCGAUCACAUAGGAGUCAGCCUGCAGAUAGCAGCUACUCAUUUGCAGCUUGAAGGAAAGUUAGAAAGACGUAGGUACGUGUUAACCUAGCGUCUGCGCAUCCGCCCGUCAUGUACGUUACGCGCUCAAAGACUUCCACAAAUGAACCGGCGCCAAGGACCGGAAAUCAGGACCGACACAUUACUAAUGACCAAAUUUUAAUUUGUAGCGUUAAUAAAUUUUAUUCUGUAACAAUAUUGUGGUACUGUGUGAAACAUGCUUUUGAGCAUGUAUGUUUAUAAGAUCUAGUUUUAUUGUGUAUGAGUAUGAAUUUUAAUAAAAUAGUGGAUUGUGAGUUUUUUUUUUAUAAUACAGAGCAGCUCUGCAGGUCAAAAAGUUGGCAAGAUUCUUCAGUAGUUUAACAUGCAGUGUCUUGAUUUGAAAGUUUAGUGCUUGUUUUGUAAUUCAAGUGAGAUCAUUAUGUAGCUAGCCUGUGGCCAUUUUAAUUUAUUUUUUACUCUCGUUCUUUUAUAUUUGGGGGGGGGGGGGGGGGGAUUCUUGUUGGCAUUAUGCUCUGUUAGUGUAAUGGUUGAAAUUUAUUUCAAAUUAACUUUUCUGUGAAGCACAUUUGAAUACUAAGCUGUUUUUCUAGUUAGUGAAAUUGCUACAAAACAGUUAUUCUAAUAAUUAUUGUGAAUUGACACCCACUAAUUGAAUGUGUUGAACAUUUUAUUAUUCAAGUACUAUUCAUUCUAGGUAAGAAUUAUAAUCAGUGGAUUUAAUUAUUGUUAUUCACACAUAUUGCAAAUCUGUGUGUUACCUAAUCACAAAUCGUUAUAUUAUCUAAUAGUUUUUUCUUGCUAAUAGGUAUAAAACAAAAAUUGUUUCAAUUCCAUGUUUGUUGGAAAUGAGUACAACUACACUUGUGUGCAUGUUUAACAUUAUUGUGAUUUUUUUCACUCUUAUAUUUUUAUUUUACAAAUAAGUGGAGUAUUGAAGCAUUAGCAAUACAAUUGAAGCAAUACAAUUACUGGCCUCAUUAUAUGAAAUAUUAAUUUUAACAUAAUUUCUUAUUAAGAUGUUUAGCAAUUACUUUUUUUAUUAAUUUAAAUUCGAAGAAAGUUCAUUGAAAAUUUGCAUCACUUAUUUAUUUGGUAAACAUAGUCAUUUCUAUUUACUUGUAGCUAAAACAGUACCUAUGUUUGAUUAUUUUUAAGCAUUGACUUUAAAACUUAGUUACAAUAAAUCAAUAAUAAUAAAAAUAUUAUAAAAACUAAUAAAUAUUGCCAGUAUUUAAAAAAAAAUAAAAGUUGUGAAAUAUUUUUUGAUACCUUGGUAUUUGAACAGCCCUUGUCAUUAGUGGGUACUUACUAUCUUGAGACCCUUUGAGGUUCCAUGGAAUUAUUCUGCCCUUAAAUAUGCCCUGGGUUUGAAGUCUCUUGCUUUGUGAUUUCUGGUCUGGCCAAGGAUUAACUGUAGUAAUUUGGCAUGCCAGUUAUUGUUAGUUUUUGGCAGGUUAAGAUGUUUUUACUCUGCUUAUUGUAUUAUUUCUUGGUUGUUGAAUGAACAAUACAAGUAAUUUAGCAGCCAUUGUCUGCCUCAAUCCAGAAAUGCAGGUAUUUAUCAUUGUUUGCUGCAAUUGAUCUCACUUGAGUUGAUAGUAGUCACAGUUGCUUGUGUGAAGGUUGUUUCACCAUUUACUUGAGUUACAACAUUACAGAUUCAGGGUGGUUUCUUAAUCCUGUAAGGUGCAAUCAAUAAUGUUAUUUAUAUGUAUUUUUUGGUUUUUAUUUAUUUGAUUACUGAGAUAUUUGAUAUCGGCUGAAGAAUUGGAUUGUAGUGUUAUUUUACAUUUAUCUAAGUGGUGCUAAUGUCUUAUUGGUUCUAUAGCCACCAACUUCAGUUGUGAGUGUUUCUUUUUCUCUGUUUAUUCUUCUCUCUUGUUUUUGUAUCACUUACUUUCCCUGACUAUUGGUUUGAAACUGUAGUUGCGUAUCUUUUAGUGAAGCUAGCAUGAAAGCCACACAAAGUUUUAUGUUCCUUAAUCUCUUCUCGCAUGUUUGCUGAAGCUGUUUAUUUCAGACGUGUGUGCAUUAUGGUCGGCGUUUUAAGCAGCGGUGCUCUUUACUUAUGAACUUGUGUGUCGUCACAGUGCAACUGUGUGCGUGUGUUCAGUCGCUGUUCGUUAUCGUUGCUAUGUUGUAACUGGUUGUGAACAAAUAACGUUUUGUCGGGUUUGCAGUGUAAAAUAUUAUACAUAAAACUUGAGUUUCGUGAAGCGUGCAUGAAGACGUGUGUAUCGGCGUAGCAUUUGUUAGUUCCGGUGUUAAAGUUGUGUGUGUGAGAGUGAGGAAACUAUGAAUCGUGAAGUUGUUGAUGCCUCUGAUGCACGUCUGUGCAUCCAAGUACCUUGUUGGUGGGAGAGCUGGUUGGUGGUGUUGUACAACGCCACAACGUGGGCAACAGUACUGAAGAUACGACUCUUGGCGUAACUCGUGUUGCGUUUGUACAGCUUGUUACUCGUAGAUACAUAGUGGUGAACAAGUCAUAGUUUCAGUUAGUAGCAUGCAGUUGUAUUUUGUAGCCAGAGGGUGAGGAGACAUGGUAGAUUUCUACGCUAAUGGUAUUCACUGUUUGAGUUGGUACGUGCGUACGAAGCUGGUGAUGAACCAGCUGUUGACAUUAAUUCUACGCUGCUCGAAGGACGAGUAAACAUUCGUGGUGACUGAUAGGAUUUUAAAGUUAUUUAUGUGAAGUUACACGUCAUCGGUUUUUACGAAACUACACCUGCUGGUAACCACGCACAGGAACUGAUUCGUUCAUUCAUUUUUAAAUGAAAAUUUGUAUGGCCUACUUAUUACUAGAGCUGAUAUGCUAUUUUCGUAAUGUUUUUUGUAUAGGUAGUAUAUGAAAUUUUACUCUAUUAUAAUUUAUUACAAUUGGAGUUUUUAAAUUAUGGAAACAUAAGUGUCUCUUUUAAUUUUAUGGUAUGUAUAUCAAUUGUUUUAAAAUUAUAUUUUAGCGGAAUAAUUAUAAGUAGAAGUACCACCCACUGUUGUUCUGAAAUGGUCUUACACUAUAGUAAGAUAUGUUUUGGCAUGAUUGGAGUGUUUUUAAGGGUGAUAAGCAGGUGUAUUUUCGUAGGUGCUUGUGUCCAAGUGACAAAUGCCACUAUGGGAGCAAGUGUCAUCUUCGUCAAAAAUGAUUACUUGCUGAUUGCACCUGAGAUAUGAUUAUAAUGAAAAAUUUUAUGCAAAUUGCAUAUGGUAUUUAAAGUGGAGCAAAACAAUUUUUUUCUCGUGAGUUGGUUGGCAUGUAGCAUUCUGGUGUCUGCUGUGACAGUUUGUUUUGCUACCUUUGGUUGUUUAUAUAUGCCAUUUGAUUUUAUAGUACUUUGUUAUGUGAGAAUCUGUUUUGAUUGCCAAUAAAUGAAUUGAAUUUGUUUAUAAUUUAUUGAAGUUGCUGAUGUACUUAAUUGUAUCUGCACAUAUUAUGGACUUGUACAGUUUAUGUUUUUUGAUGUAGACAUGUUGAAGCAGUGAAUAUUAUUUUAUUGGCGUCAAAAUACAACUUAAGUGUUACUGGCUAGUAUUAUUUAAAAUUAUUAAUAGAAUUUUGUUAAAUAAUUUUUUUAUAUUACAGUUAUAGAUCAAGUUCUUUCAAAGAAGUUGAAAUUUGCUUCUGAAAUUUUAUACUAGCUGAAGCUUUUAGAGUAUUUUCACGUGAAUGAAAACUACACAUUGUUAUUUUAUAUGACUAUCACAUUGUUUUAAUGUUUUCCAUUUUUCAGAUUUUAAAACUUGUACAUUAUAUGAUGUAAGUUUGUGUGAUACUAGCAUAUUAUUUAUACAGAACCAACUAUAUUACAUCACUUUUCUUUACUAUUGUUUAGAGUUCUUUUUGCAAUAAAAUGUCUGUCUAUAUUUAGCACUGUGUUUAGUUGAUACCUUCUUACAUCUAUUACUCCAGCAUUUCGUCAAUACUGUGCUCAGGUUUGUCAGGUAGAUUGUAAAAGAGCAUUUGAAUAGAGCUUUCGCGGGAUUAAUACCUAAUUAAAAUAUAUCAUAUUUGCAACAUAGGUCAUGAAGUCACAUUUAAUGAAAGUUUCAUGAUUGCCAUGGCACAAAGGUAGCAAAUGUAUUUUAAUCUAUAGUUAAAUUUCUAAUAUAAACUAAGAUGUAAUUUUUAUUUUAUUUUGCACCUCAGUUCAACCUGCUGCUGAAUCUUGUGCAGUGAGAGUAGAUUGUGAUCACUGUUGCCGACACUCGUUAAGUUAGCGUUGCUUUCUCUUUUUCAUCGUCUUUCGCCACUAAACCCUCCAUUUGCUCCUUCAAUUUCAUGGUUUGUGUCUGAAAUGUCAAGUGAAGCAUAAUGCUUGAAUUAUUUUACUUCACCUUAAUCGUGUCUAGCGCAGGCUUCAUUUCUAGCUCCUCUGCGAUACUAUAGUAUUCAGACACAAGCCUGCUUUUCAUAACAGACGUGUGGUGUUGCCGUUUGCUUCAGACCAUACCUUUGCACACAGACUUGCAUUAAUCUUGGAAACUGUUAAAACUGUAUGAAUCUGCACUUUUUUUUAAAGCUCAGUUCAAAUACAUACUUCUAACCAUUAAGUUUCUCAAAUUUAAACCAAACUCCUGAAAUUUUAAACAGGCUGGGAGAGAUCCAACCUGUAUACUACAAUCAGGGGACGCCCAUUUUGACCCCCCUCCCAAAUAUUUUUAUAUAUCAAAUAUGUGUGUUUAUUUGUGUGUAUAUGGUCUUAGUAAAUAAAAUACCAUUAAAAAUUGCAGUGAUAAAAAUUAAAAAUGACCGGCUGCAGCAUGUGAACAUAGAUUGUGCACUGACCGUCUUCACUUGCCUGCAAGCCCGCCCACUGCCACGGGGACAUGAAAACAUUUAUUCAUAAGUUUUUUCAAUCUUUGUCCAGAUAAAAAUUGAGAAUUAGUUGGAAAUAAAAUGUCUUGUCUAGUAAAUGACCGUGCGAAAAUUAAGUUUUUUCAAGUAAAUUUAAGAAAUUUGCAAGUUCACAUAAUGAAUAUUAUGAGACUUCAGUUUGUAGCAAGUUAUUUCCCACCAGUGCUAAGUAACCCCUAGUUGUGAUAGUCCAGUAGUCCGUAAUAUUAAAUGCACUGAUAAAUUGUAUGUUAUAAUACGUUCAAAACAUACAUUGAUGUUUUAGGCACACAGACUCAUUUACUAGUUUCAUAUCAAAUGUUAGGUGUCACUCACAAACUGGCCUACCUGGUUGAUGCUGUAGUCUGACCAUGUACAUAAACGGUCAUAUAAUAAUGAUGUUUCGAGCUAACAUCUCACAAACAUGCAUUCAAUUCACUGAAUAGUUUGUGUUUCUCACAAACAAAACAUUUGCACUGACUGCAGACUAUUUGCAGUAAUUUUUUUUUUCAUAUAUAGGCACCAAGCAGCGAUAAUCAUUGUUAGCCUGGACUUUUUUGAGACGUUUGAAAUUCAGAUGCAAUGGGCCGGACGCUCAAAGGAUUCAUACAAUUGCAUCUUUGAAUGCCGCGCAGCUGAAGCAGCAACCAAUCAUAUUGUGACAAUCACUAAAAGUUGACAAGAAGCUACUGGGUCCGAAAUACAUAAUGUAUGUUGAACAUAUCAAAGUCGUCAUAACCUAAAUAAAUCCAGUUCAAAACAAAACAAAAACUUGUAGUAGUUAAGGAUGUAAACAGACGUGCAGCAAAAAUGUUAACAUAAUUGACAGAAAAAUAUUAAAAUGAAUUUUUGUACUUCUAAUGAUGCUUUGUGUCGGGAGGCUCACGUAACCCUUUUUUAUAUCAUGCAAGGUAAUAUAAUUUUAAUUAUAACAAAAAAAAUUAUGAUGAACUAGUAAAACUCUUUUUAAAAUUUAAGGCCAGGUUGGCUUAGAAUUUUUGUUUUAAAAAAGAGUUUAUUUUUUUAAUAUUUUCCACACUUUCUUUAGUGAUAUUUCAUGCCUUGGGCCCCUCGCCAUGCCCUGCAAAAUCUAGGCUGCCACUGUGCAUGAGGUGGAGGGGGUGUCUUUUUUCACUCACAUUAAACUACUGCAAAUGCAACACUGUAAAAACUUGGGGAACUCUGGAAAACCUCGAAAUAGUCCACUGCAGAUUCUACACUUUUAAUUAAAGUUGGGGUUAUUUUUCUCUACUUUCUUUAUAUUAUUGACACAAUAUGCACCAGACUUCUAGCCAGUUACAUCGUUUAGUAAUACUAAGGGCGGAAUUCCAAGACUUUCAGGUAAGUUAGUGAAUAAGCAUUGCCGUGUUGGGAUAAAACCAUAACCUAACUCAUGGGCCGUAUUCCAAAACGUGUCCAAACCAAGUCCCAUUAAGGGAACAAACAGAUUGGCAGACGUUUUGAUAAGCCCUGCACGCACUCUAGUGGACCUUAUGCAUCAACCAGUCAGAAUGAAAACACGAAUUAGUGGAGUCACAAUGAACUUCCUCAACAGAGAUUCCUAAAGGAUGUUAUGUAGAUUGCUGCUGAAGAGAAUGUCAUGCUAUCUCUGCAUUUUUUCUUCUCAUUUUUUAACUGAAAAUUUGUGUGGAAAAUAAGAGAUUUCAAUAUGGUAAGAAUUUUAUUACA